AUGAACAAGAAGAUAGUGGCGCUGUAUUUCUCGGCACAUUGGUGUCCACCUUGUCGACAGUUCACGCCUGUUCUCAAAGAAUUUUAUGAAGAAAUCGAUAAUGAUGAAUUUGAAAUUGUAUUUGUUUCACUGGAUCAUAGUGAGAAUGAUCUGAAGCAAUACUUGGAAGAAGCACAUGGCGAUUGGUAUCACAUUCCAUUCGGUUCAGGCGAAAUCGAGUAA